GUCCGCCGCGAGCUUCCAUCACUGUUCCUCUCAUCAGCGGUGAGGCGUCAGCCGGAAAACAAGUGAGAAAAACCUCCAUUAACUUUCGGGCCACGCCAUCAUCGGAGUUGGAGCCCACCACCUCCAUAUGCGGCAACGACUCCCCCAAGCGUCGCUGCCCGUUGCUCAUGAUGCACCCCUUCGCCACGGAGUCGAGCAUUUCCAUGUCGGUCAUGCUGUCACCAAAGGCAAUGACGUCCCGUUCGGGAUCAAAGUUUAGGAUCCUGCCAAUUUCCCGGAUCGCCGUAGCCUUCGAUACCCCUGCGGCAACGACAUCCAGGCACGUAUCUGACACCAACGCGGCCACUGCACGUCCAUGA